GCCGCCUCCGGCCCGGGGCCGGCCCGGCCGGGGAUAUCACAUGGCGCGCCGGGCCCGGCCCCGCACAGGCGGGCCAUGGAGGCGCAGCGGGGCUUCUCCGAGGAGCAGUUCCAGGCCGCCUGCCGGGAGCUGAGCCAGCCGGCGCCGGCGGCAGGGGGAGCCUGGCAGCUCCUGGUGGAGACUAUGGGCAUCAGUAUCUACCGGCUCUACGACGAGCAAUCAGGACUUUAUGAAUAUAAAAUCUUUGGUGGCCUUGCCGAUUGUCCCCCAGAGUUGCUUGCAGAUGUCUAUAUGGAUUUAGACUACAGAAAACAAUGGGAUCAAUAUGUUAAAGAGCUGAGUGAGAAGAUUUAUGAUGGGAAGAGAAUAAUCUACUGGGAAGUGAAGUACCCUUUCCCUUUGUCAAACAGAGACUAUGUGUAUAUUCGUGAACGUCGUGAUAUGGAGGUUGAUGGGCAGAAGGUCUGGGUUAUGCUGGCUAAAAGUGUGUCUCUUCCUCAGUGUCCAGAAAAAUCUGGGAUUAUCAGAGUAAAUAGUUACGUGCAGAGUCUGGUGCUUGAGAGUGAUGGCAAGACUGGAUCCAAAGUUUACAUGUAUUACUUUGACAAUCCUGGUGGCAUGAUUCCGUCAUGGCUCAUUAACUGGGCAGCCAAGAGUGGAGUACCUGCUUUCCUCAAAGACCUGCAGAAGGCUUGCCUUAAUUAUUGCAAGAAAACCUGAGUUGCUGCUUCGAGUCUCUCUCUGAAUUGUUUGAUUUGAUUCCCAAAAUUGGAUGCUUCCAAGGACUACUAUUGUGAAAAAAUUGUUGGAUGAAAUUACCUCCUGAGAUCUACUACUCCAUUAUAGUUAGGUUCCAUUGGCAUAUGCCUUCAAAGUUGUCAAGCCUUUAUUUUUUCAUUUGCCAUCUGUUGUGCUCUUCAGCUAGAUAGCUGGCCAUCCUUGCUUCAACUGCUGAUGCAAUUAUUACCUGCUUUUCAAAUGGUUUCCUUCCUUUUUAUCCCAUUUCCCUCCUGCUCAUAUUCUGUAUGCUUUCUACCAUAGGUCCAUUAGGGGAACUCUGGCUUAUGUUAAAUCUUCAACAGAGAGUAGAGCCUGUUACUCCUUUGUUGGAGGAGAAUACUCUAAAAUGGCAGCUUUUUAAAGUAAAUUUUGAUUCUUGUGGUGAAUCAGGUCUCUGUACACAUUAGGUAACCAGUUCUGGCAGGUGUUGCCUUGCUAAUAAAGUCCUUCUGCCAAAACUGGAUGCCUCUUGAAGGUGCUCUCAAGUCUAAUGCAGUGGAUACUUUCCAUGAUCUUAAGUAUGUGUCUUUAUCCCUCCUUUUCCUAAAUUUUAUCCUGUAUUUAUUCGGAGCUGAGAUUCUUUGAUCAGAAAUGUCUGGCCAGUAACCAGGAUGUGCACGUGGAGGAUAUUUGCUAUGUGUUGAUAAAUAAUCUGCAGCCCGCAUUGGGACUCCUGCUAUUACAGGGUAUAAUUAAGAGUUUUGCUAUGAUCAAGUCUUUCAAUUGCAUUUAAACAGGCAUUUGGCUAAGUCCCAAUACUGGCAUCUUUGGAUCUAUCAUGUCUAAUAGUUUGUGCUUUUUGAAACAUCCACUUAGUUGAGGGGAGCCUGGAAGAGACGUUCAUGUAAUAAGUAAAGUUAUGAUGAAAUAAGACCGAAUGAGUCAGUUUCUUGUUCUGCUCUAAUGAAAACCAAUUAGCGUACUAAAAGCCUAUCAAGCCCUUACGUGGAAGAGUUCUGUGAGGAAACGCAGCUCAGAUAUCAACUAUAACUUAAAAUCCUUUUAGGACUGUCCCAAUAUUGGACUUAUGUUUAGGUUCUGCUUCCUCAUUCUUGAUCCUGACAUGGAGAUCAAUGGCUGGCUUAAAGCUAGCUCAUGUUUCCAAGUCUGAUACACGGAGAGAAGGCCAAGAACCAAACUUUCCAGCUGAUACUAUAACUUAAGAAAUCCCAGUAAAAGAGGAAAAAAAUCACGUGCAGCGCCUCCAUGUGGGUGUGUCUGUGUGGGGAGAAUAUGGAGGGAAAACACUUUCACAAAGGUGAUGAUCUCAGGGACAUAGCCCAUGCUGUUAAUGUAGCCAGACGCACAGCCUUCAGUGUAAUGGCAAAGCUUCUCCGUAACUAACCAGACCUAUCAGCAUUUCUGUAUAUAAAAGUCAUGAUAUAAGUUAUUUGCCUUUAUACCUUAUGUGCUCUGAAUGGUAGUUGGUUGAUGAAUUAAAAACGAAACCUUGCAAUUACAGACUUGUACGAGUAGCUUUAAAUCUUUGCUAUAAAGUUUUUGCUCCUUAAUGGUUUGCACAUGUAGCCAUAUUAAUGCUGUCUAAUGGGCAUGGCCGAUCAUCAAUUGCACUUCAGCAUGAACACUGACUUUUUUUUGAAAGGCGUGAGUAAAUUGAUUAAUCUGCUUGAUUUUUUUUUUUUAAAGUUGUAAACAGUAAUCCUUAUCAGCUAUGACUUUAGAUACUUCUCCACUAGACAAAGCUGAAAAUGCCAUAAUAUAAAAUAUAUUGGAACUGAUUCUCAGGUGCUGUAAAGCAGCAAAUUUAUCCCAGCUGAGAAUCUGUCCCUGGUUUUGUAAACAGUUACUCCAUCAGUCUAACUGGUGCCUUUUGAUACAUUUUGUUUUGCAAGUUAACAGGCUUGAAGGUUAUUCGGACACACGUGGCAGCAUAUAGCGAAGUUCACGUCUCUCUAGACUUAAGUCAGUGCAGAUACACUAGUAACUAAUUUGACCCACUGAUAGGAAUAUUGAUCCAGUUUUGAUUGGGCUUUCUCUGCCCUGUGCUGAUUGGCUGCUUUGCUCUAAUCCUCUCCCUCCACCUCCCUCAGUCUCUUCACCUCAGCUUCACUUCACACAAGCCCCUCUCAUCCCAUAUUUCUCCUACCCUGGCCCCCUCAGCCUCCUUCCUUUUUUUCCAUUCAGCUUAUCCCUGCCCAAGUGAACCCACCCAAAAAUCAAACUAACAUGUUUUCCACCCUCCUAUUGUUCACUCGGCUUGUUCGUUCUGCCCAUUUCUCUCCCACCCUGCAUUUGUCUUGUCUAUUUAGAGUUUAAGUUUUUCACAGCAGGGACUGUCUGUGUCUGUACAGUGCCUAGCACAAUGGGGUCCCAUUCUUGGUUGGCGCUUAGGCCCCACCAUAAUAAACAUGAUGUUGCAUGACUGAAAUUCUGUGCUGGGCCUCUCAGAGGCACAGCACAGGGACAUGGACAAAGGUGGCUGUAAACCGACUCAUAGACUUUAAGGUCAGAAGGGACCAUUAUGAUCAUCGGGUCUGACCCCCUGCAUUCUGCAGGCCACAAAACCGUCCCUACCCUUCCCUUGACUCUGCUGAUGAAGUCUCCAAAUCCUACCUCUGUGCCCUCAAUGGAGCGUAUGGAAGCUCUGGAGGCCACUAAUUAAUUUUUUCCACCUUUUUGGUAACUAUAACAUAGGUAAAAUGCAGCAUUUUGAGCUCAUUAAAACAUCAUUCACUUUGCAUUAUAUUACUCAAACUAUCUGAAUCAGUCACAUGAUUAUAGGAGAGCAUCAGCCUUCUUUUCAUUUACAGAUGCAAUUUGCUGCAUACAAUGACUUGUACUCCAGGAAUUAAUUUUGCAAAAAAUCUUUGCAUACAGUGGUAUGAGUAGUAAAAAUAAAUAAAUAAAUAAGAUAAGGGCUUGAGGCAGGAAUUCCGUGGUGAAAUUCUAUGGCCUGGGUUUUUAUCCAAGUCAGACUAAAUGAUGAGGUAAUGGUCUCUUCUGGCCUUAAUCACAGAUUCAUAGAAUUUAAUUUAUAAUGAACUGAAACUUUCCCUGCUCAUCUCACAAAGAGUCAAGGAGGAAACUGGUGAGAUCCUAUAUAUUUAUCUCUGGUCGCACUUCAGUAACUGUAUAACAUUAGGAGCCUAAAUAAUAUAUAAGAAAUCUCCUCUAGUUCUUCAGACUGUAUCUCAGUGUGCUUCAUGCAUACUGCAGGAGGCUUUGAAAUAAACAAUUUACUCAUAGCACUGUUUUAAGGAGAAAA